AUGGCAGCCACCACAGGCUCGGGAGUAAAAGUCCCUCGAAAUUUCCGACUGUUGGAAGAGCUGGAAGAAGGCCAGAAAGGAGUAGGCAACGGCACAGUUAGCUGGGGUCUAGAGGACGACGAAGACAUGACACUUACAAGAUGGACAGGGAUGAUAAUUGGGCCUCCAAGAACAAUUUAUGAAAACCGAAUAUACAGCCUUAAAAUAGAAUGUGGGCCUAAAUACCCAGAAGCACCUCCAUCUGUAAGAUUUGUAACAAAAGUCAAUAUGAGCGGCGUGAGUAGUUCAAAUGGCGUGGUGGACCCUAGGGCCAUAGCAGUGCUGGCCAAGUGGCAGAAUUCCCACAGCAUCAAAGUCAUCCUGCAGGAGCUUCGACGCUUGAUGAUGUCAAAAGAGAACAUGAAGCUGCCACAGCCACCAGAAGGACAGUGUUACAGCAAUUAGUCACCAAGGCCCAGGCCUCCCCUCCCCAGUCCAACCUAAGUCUUCAUUUUCCACAGUAGUGAAUUUUCUAGAUUCAUCUUGUAGACCUCAAAGUCCUGGAGAGGAAGCGCCACUGAGACUUCAUCCUGAGACACUGUUCUGAUACUAAUUUCUGUCCAUUUGAAAUACCUGAGUUGUGCUGUGUAACGUCUUCUGUCGAGUGGAACCGCUGGCUGCCUAGUUGAACUUCUGGGAUCAAGAAGGUGUGUUGAAAUCAGUUUCCUUUGGGAGCGGUGGGCACAGCUAACGCAACUGUGAACAGACACGUCACACAAUCACCUGCUGCUGACACAUGGCCUGUGUCUGCCUUUGCCCGCCCCGCCCUCCUGCCACAGCUGUGUGGUGGCCCUUAGACUAGAUGGGAAGGCUUCAGGUAGCAGCCGUGGGACUACUGCUGGGUUUGGGGUGCUUUGGCUGUACCCCGGCUUCCUUAAGUCUUAAGUGAUGCCCCGUCCAAGCCAUCGUCCUCCCCCAUUCCUCCACUCCCGCCCUUGGCCAAGGCUUAGAUUGUAACCCUCCCCUCCCUCUGAAAUUGGCCGUGGGUGAGGAAUUCAGGGCUUCCCGUCUCCCCACCUUUAUCAAGGGGUGCUGCUUUCCCCCUCCUCAACUCCCUUGUUGCCCAUCACCACCCAACACUUGCUGUGGCCAGAAGCCAUCAGAUGAGGUUGGAAGAGCCUGGCCUCCCUCACUUAGCUCUGGACCACACAUUACCUGCCACCAGCCUGGGAAGGGGGUGCUGGGUCCCCAGCCCUGCUGCCACCAUCAGCCGAUGCACUUUGAGCUCAGGUCUCGAGGUGAACAGAGCAGUCACGAGGCAACAAACCUGCCAGCGCUCAGGGUCCUUGGUGAUUCCGCCUAGAGAAAGGCCAUGCGGAGAGUCCUAAGCGCACGGGGUUCUGUGUCGGUUCCUUUUCUCAUAAUCGCUUUGCUUUUACAAACUGAAGAGGUUUGGACAGGGCUCCCUGGCCACCCAUAAGGUCUGAUGUGGAGCCUGACA